AUGAAACACUGUAAAUGUCGACUGGCUCGGAAGACUCAUCGAAUUUGCUUCGAAAUCGCUGUGUUUGGCGCCGCCAGCGUGGGCAAGACAUCGCUUAUUCGACGAUCUUUUGUUGGCGAGUUUUUCGAGGAAUAUACUCCCACUAUAGAAGAUUACUACAGCCACGAGAUACAAAGACUUGGUGGUGUAACCGUUUUGAACACCACAGACUGUGCAGGAUGCUUUCAGUUCCCAGCUAUGAGAAAACUGACAAUUCAGAAGGCCGCUGGCAUAGUGCUGGUGUUCUCGUUAGACAGUGAAUUCUCAUUUCGCGAGCUUCAAAGAUUGCUUGACGAAAUUAUCAAGGUCAGGAGCGAGGAAGGAGUACCGAUUGUUGUGGUUGGUAACAAAAAAGACUUAAAUGUGCGAGAAGUCACGGAACAAGAUGUAGCAGAGUUGAUAAGACUUUACAGCUCGGAUAAAUUCCAACUUCGGUAUGUGGAGACAUCAGCUAAAGACAAUCUUAAUGUGUCAGAAAUUUUUAGUCAACUUUUGACAUUUCUCAUGCCCGAAGCACCGCCAAAAAAGAAAAGCAAAUUCAAAAUUUUUAACUUCAAAGCGAAAGAGAAGUGCAAUGUUAUGUAA